AUGACGCCAGCCACGGGACCCGGCGUAGGGCCCGGCGCAGAGGCGGCUGCGAGCACGUCCUCCAGCCCGCCGCAGGUGCCACGGCCGCGCCGCUUGCGCAUCAACGGCGUCGUGGGCAAGGUGGUGCCGUGCAUCCUGCUGGCCUAUGUCUCCGCAUCAUACCGCCUCGUCGUGUACGACUUUUCCUAUUUGCAUCUCUUCAAGACGCGGCACUCGCCGCUGCGCAUGGCACUCCAUCUCGUGCCCUCGCACCUUCUCUUCCUCUACUCUCUGCGCGCCUACCUCCAGAUCUACCUUGCGCAUUGCCGCAGCGCACCCCGUCCUUCUCGCUCCGCGCGUCUUCUCGCUGCCGUGCCAGGCCUCGCAUGGCUCAGAGGCACGCACCUGCCCGAGCCGCCGCGCGAGCCACCCGGAGGCGAAGAGUGGAGACGGCACUUGACGGAGGUCACGCGUGAGGGAGAGCUGUUCGACGCAGAUGUCUCGCUGCUCUCCACGCUCUUUCCGUUCCUUUCCUUCCUCACUCUCGUCCCAGUGCUCUUCAGCUGGGCCUAUCUGCCCCUCCUUCCCCUCGCCUGGAGGCAUGCGCGCGCAAUAGCCUCCUUUGCGAGCGCAUCGCAGGUGCUGCGAGAGAAGUGGUGGAGUCGCAGACGCAGCUGGAUCGGCGGCCCGAUUUGGAGAUGGGCUGUCGGAUGGAUGUGGGCUGCGAGGAUAUACCCGGCGGGACGUGAAGAGAUCGACUCGCUGUCGAGCGCUCUUGCUCAGCCAGGCGCUCGACUGCCGCUGCUGUUCAUAGGCGGCGCAGGCAUGGUCUCCAUCGCCCUCGCGCUGCUGGCCUCCACGCUCCUUGCGCUGGGCCGAGGCGAAACGAGCAUCGAUGUCGCGCGGCGCAAGGCCGUGCAUCGACAGGCAGCUGCCGCAGCGACCACGAGCGAUGCACUGCUGCAAACGCAGCGCAUCGAGGCAGUGUCGCACUUCUGGGUGCCGUUCCCCGACGAUGGACGCUCGGCGGGCACAGGCGAGACGGGAGUGGUCCUUCCGACGCUGCCGCAUGAACGGCCAUACGAUCUCGGCUCGAGGCGCGACAAUGUCCGCACGGCUCUCGGCUGGAACCGAUUCCAUCCGCCGUCCAGGCUGGCGAUUGCGUGGCCGCUCAACGCGCGCGUCGAGCAGCGGCUGCGCGAGGAGGCGGCGCGCCGACGGCAGGAGACGCGCGCUGCUGCAGACGCAGGACGCUGA